AUGUGGCCGCGGUACAAGGCAAGCGAGAUUAGUGGCCAUUUCAACUCCCUCAAAGCGAAGAUGACGUUGCGCAUCUUUGGCAAGCAGGUGCCCGUGCCGAAGAUGUCCGUGGAGGCGGUCACCACUGCGGAUGUGGCGGAGAUGAUUCGUGUGCCAAGCGUCCCCUCAAGCAUCUCCCUGGAUGCGUCGCUGAACAUUGAGCGCCCGCCGGUGGCAGCGGCGACACUUUCUCAGAAGCAGAAGGAGCGUCAUCCUGCAACGGCGACAAGCGCAAACGACGACCUGUGCGACAGCUGGAUGAUCCGCUUCACCUCGAUCGACUCGUACGAGCUUGCAGUGAUGCUUCUCCGCAACAUGCGGAACACGGAGGGCAAGCGCAAGCGCUUGUUCGGCGACCACGUUCUCCAGGACCUCGAGCGCGUACAGAAGGCGUGGGCUGAGGAGACCACAGGCGCAAAGUCCAUCGGUGGUGCACUCCGGUCCGGAAGCUAA